UGGGGAUCAUCCAGAACGCGUGGAGGAAAGAACGGAAAGGCCUUGCUCAGCUGGGACGACUUUUUGAAAGAGAAUGAGCGCGCGAUGUCGGACUUUGUUGAGGGCCGCAUGUCCAAGGUGUCCAGGAGCGUCUUCUUGAGCCUUGUGCGAACAGAGGCCAAUGCCAUCUGGCAGGGACUGGAGAGAAAUGUCAUGGAUCUGCUUGAAAAACAGGGUAAACUGCAGGGUCGAAGUGCGCCAGCGAGAACAGGCUACCGAUCCUCUGCCUCAUCUAAUGGCCGAGCAUUGACGGAGGUGGAGCAGGAUCUCAUCAUGGGAUUAAUCGAUGAGGCGCUUGAUAAGUAUUCUGCGGAUGCGAUGGCAAAGCCGGACUAUGCGCUCUUUUCAACUGGUGCUCGGAUUAUCCCAAAGCUGACUUCGCCCAGCUACUAUCACGUGGUGCAGCCGACAUUUUGGGGCCGAUUAGGCCUGAAGUUCCUUGUACCGUUGCCGAGACGAGAGAAGACGCCAGAGAAGGCUAUUCAGCCCGAUCUUCACGCGGGCGAAUGCUGGGCAAUGGAGGGCCAGGAUGGACAAUUGGGCAUUCGAUUGGCGAGACAAAUUGUGGUAACUGAGGUCACGAUUGAGCAUGCGGAUCCGAGCGUGGUUCUGGACAUAAACAGCGCACCCAAAGAAAUUGAGGUUUGGGGUCUUCGAGGCAAUGACGAGUCUGCAAGACCAACCGCGGAGCAGCAGUCAGAGGACAAUUUGGCAGCACCAUUGGACGACCAGCGCGACCAGCAGCAGGAGAAAGAGCAAACAGCGCCAGUGACAAAUACGAAGCGAGGUGCUUGGUGGCGCGAGGGUAUUCCUUGGAGAGGUGCGACGCUGUUGACGACGGUUCAAUACGAUGCCGAGGGUGACAAAAAGGCACGGCAGACAUUUUCGAUCCCACUUUCGAAGCAGACGGUGCCUUCCAUUGGAGUUGCCCUGCGAUUCAAGUCAAAUUGGGGACAUCCCAACUACACAUGUGUCUAUAGAGUUCGGGUGCAUGGACACGAGCUGUCGCCCUGAAGAAAACAACAACACAAAAUGACUGCUGGCUAGUCUAUUGCCCACCUUCUUCGCUAUUGUGUACAAUAUCUAGCUGUAUCUGUAUUUAUGACCUUCAUCUCGAUUUGUAUUUUUAGGAUAGUGUCAAUAAUGGGCCAUAAUACAUGAAUUACAUUGUACGAAGCACAGAGACGUUCACAUGGUU